AUUCCCUUGCUUUGAAAAGACAGAUCUCCCUGCAUUGUGUAGUUGUACGCUUGCUAAAUUUGAUUCCUUUCAGCUUCCUGCCUUUGUCUGAAGCCAGUGCACAUAAAACCAGACAUCCAGCGCUGGAGAAAUAUGUCAGGGAAUCUACCUUUUCGGAUAGGCACACCUAUAAUCUGCAUGCUGAGGGUGAAUGUAGCAUCAACAUUUGAUGGCGUUUGCCACUUGCUGUGUAAACAUCUUAACGUUUCACAACCUCAAAGAAAACAGUCCGUCUCAUAAAAACCAACAUGGAUGUACACGGCUUCUGAUCCACAGCACCAGGAAUAUUUGACUGAGUCAGGCUGAAAGUAAGAGAAGAUGCUGAGGUUUGAGAAUAGACAAAGUGGACUAAUGUUAAGCAUCUGGAAUGGUUCUGGAAUGGUCCAUCCCAGAUGUAAAACAGAAUGGGACGAGAUUGGAUGCUGGCUGAGGGCUGAAGCUGGGCAAGUUAUCAAUUUAUCCUGCUCUGAGGUCUUCCAGCAUUUCUCCAGCAAUCAAGGGUAUGUGUACAGAAAUUGCACUGCUGAUGGCUGGUCUGAAAUGUAUCCAACUUAUGAAGACGCCUGUCAUUUCAGUGAUGACAGCGAGCCUGAAUCUGAGACAAGUUACCUCCAUGCGUUCAGACAGGUCUACACUGUAGGGUAUGCCACCUCACUCAUCACUCUCCUGACAGCUAUAGUGGUGUUCGCAGGUUUCAGGAAGUUUCGCUGCACCAGAAACUACAUCCACAUCAACCUGUUUUCCUCAUUCGUCUUGAGAGCCAGUGCUGUGUUCAUUAAGGAUGCGGUGCUGUUUGCAGAUGAAACUCUCGACCACUGCUCCGUUUCUACGGCUGGGUGCAAGUCAGCUGUGGCUUUUUUCCAGUUCAGCAUCCUAGCCAAUUACUUUUGGUUGCUGGUGGAGGGCAUGUAUCUGCAGACCCUGCUGGCCUUCACUUUCGUCUCUCAGAGGAAAUACUUCUGGUGGUACAUUCUCAUUGGAUGGGGAUUGCCAUCAAUGGUUCUCAUACUUUGGGUUCUGACCAGAUUUCUCUAUGAUGACAGAGGCUGUUGGGAUGACAAUGACAAAGUUGGCAUUUGGUGGAUCAUUAAAGGACCAAUAACAGGCUCACUGCUGGUCAACAUAGUCAUCUUCAUAAAUGUUAUCCGGAUUCUGGUCCAAAAGCUUAAAUCUUCAGCCAUGGCUGGAAACAGCGACACUGGUCACUUCAUGCGGCUGGCUAAAUCAACCCUAUUCCUCAUUCCUCUGUUUGGGAUGCACUACACUGUGUUUGCCUUCCUGCCUGAGAACACUGGAGUGGCUGCCAGACUGUACAUUGAGCUGGGCCUGGGAUCCUUUCAGGGAUUUGUUGUGGCACUCCUUUACUGCUUCAUGAAUGGAGAGGUCCAGGCAGAGCUCCGGAAAUGGCUCUGGAGGUGCCACAAUCCAAAUCUCACUCCUGCUAAAGGAAGCAUCACUCAGGUCACAAUUCGAACCCAUGGGGGCUUGGGUUUGCCUUCGUCUGGUGCCAACAUUUCUGCUGUAUAGUUCUUGUUUGUAAAAGAAGAAAGAGAAAAUCCUGAAUGUGAAGAAACAAUAAAAGCGUGGCAUUCUUCUGCUUAAAAUAACGACGUCAUAACUUCAAGUAUUGUUUCAAAAGACACAAAAGCACAAGAAAAACAGAGUCAAACCUUUGGGGGAGUUAUGAUGCCAUCGUAAAAAAACCCAGGAAGCAACAACCGAGACAGAGCUGGCCCUGGACCGAAGAUGUUUUCAGAUGCUUGAGUUAAGAGGUUGUAAAUAAAUGAACGAGCUGAUUCGUCUACACAGCUUUAAUUUUACUCUAAUUGUUAUUUUAAUGUUAACUGUAGCAUCAGGACCAUCUGUAGUGGUGUGAAACUCAUUUUCAUUUGGGGCCACAUCAAGAUAAUCUUAAAAUCAUGUACUGUGACAGAAUGUAUAGUACUAUAGUGUUGUCUGUAUUCAAUGAGUAGUUCUAAAAAUUUUAUCAUACUUUAUAUUCUUUAUCAUUGAUGUAAUUUGGUACUUUACAAAUAAAGCAGAUUUGAUUUGAAUGAUAAAAUGGUA